UAGAAUCCGGAGCAGUCGUCACAUGACGGCGACGGGUGUGCGUGAUUUUCUCGUGAGCUUCUCGAUGUGGAGAUCGAAGAUUCGUUAAGACAAGAAACGAAAGGACUACCGGGAGUAUCGGGCUACUUGGCUUCUCCCCGGAGUUUCGACUGUGUUCGAAGACCGUGGGAUUUUGCGUAUAUCGUAUUGCGUGAACGGCGAGACUUACUAUCGCGACGAUGAGAUACAUAUUGGGUAACACGUUCGCGAUCACCGCUUCGGCAACGAUCCUUAUUUUAGUUUUGUAUUAUGUAUUUACUGGCAAGGGAGAGCAGGUUAGCAUUGGAUGGUUCUUGACGAAUACUUCUCCAUAUAUGUGGUGCACAUUAGGUAUAGGUCUGUCGGUAGCUCUGUCCGUAGUAGGCGCAGCAUUAGGUAUCCAUACAACGGGAGUGUCUAUUGUUGGUGGUGGCGUGAAAGCUCCUAGAAUCAAGACAAAGAAUUUGAUUUCUGUGAUAUUCUGCGAGGCUGUAGCUAUCUAUGGCUUGAUCACUGCCAUUGUUCUAUCUGGAAUGCUCGAGAAAUUUAAUUAUGCGACAGUUUUCGACAACGAAGAGAUCAGAAAUCAAAACUGGUUGUCCGGGUACUUGAUGUUCGGUGCUGGUUUCGCCGUUGGCCUCGUCAAUCUUUUCUGUGGCAUAGCAGUCGGCAUCGUUGGCUCCGGCGCUGCUCUCGCCGACGCGGCUAACUCUGCCCUUUUCGUAAAGAUUCUUAUAGUCGAGAUCUUUGGUUCAGCUAUAGGCCUCUUUGGUUUAAUCGUUGGUAUUUAUAUGACAUCCAAAGUGAAGAUGGGCGAUAAGCUAUCAUAAAUUACCAGAGAAUAUGCUAUGGAGUGUUAUCGGGAUCACAAUGUUCCAUUCCACAUUUAGUCACCAGUAAAGAAGAUUCUAGAGGGAUGACUGCAUAUCUAUGAAAUCAUUGUGAAAGAAAGAGAAGAAUUUUCCAAAUACCAAUGUGUGAAUUUGGUAUAUUAUUGCAUGUCUGUAAUUAUACUCGUGCGAUUCUAGAUGACUUAACAUCCAUUCUGUAUCUGUGAAUAUCGCCAGUUAUAUCGUUUUGGACACACCAUUCUACUUUUUUCGAAGCAUAAUGGCGAAGAUUAUAUGUAAAAGUUGCAAUAGGCCAUAGUUUUUAUCAAUAUUAGAAAGCAACGUAAUUUUUGUUUCAUAUUUUGAGUGCGUUAUAGCGCUCGCUUUUGCAUAAAUUAAUGUACAUAUUUCCUUGUUGAUGUAAGUAAAGUCAAUACAUAAUAUAAUUUAUCCUUUAUAUUCUAAUCAUGUAUCUAAUCAUUAGCUAUUUGAUGGGAAAGUAGUUGUUUAUAAAAAUUAGAACGCAUUAUCAAUCUCUUAAAAAGUAUUAAAAAUAUUUAUUUAACAAUUGUAUAAAAGUUUCUGAUUAUCAGAGGUAAUAGUCAUCAUCGUUAUUGCUUUCCCCGUUUAAGACUCCAAAAAAGGAGACUUGUGCCUACCUCUGAUAUGAAUAACAUUAUAAACAUUCUUGUAAAUGUACAAUAUUAUAUAAUAAUAACUGUCAAUGAUCUCGGAAAAAUUACAUUCAAAUAAAGAUGUAACUAAAUA